ACACAUUUUACAGUGUAGACAAUUUCACCUCCAGAUGAAAAACCUGUCUGUCUGACAGCGAUCAUUGGUUGCUGUGACUCAUGGUAGGGUAGGGUUUCUUUUUUUUCUUCUUUUUUUUAGUUUUGGAUUUGAAUUUGAAUUUUCUUCUCCAAACCAUUUGAAGCAGUCAAGAAAUGUGGAAACAUGGCUCUAAUCUUUGUAAGAAUCCUGCUCCUGAUCAGAGCUCUCUGGUGGAUGAUGGCGAUGAGAACCCUGAGCGUGGAAACUGGACCAACAAGACAGAGUACAUGCUGUCUAUGAUAGGCUUUGCUAUUGGCCUGGGAAAUAUAUGGAGAUUUCCAUACUUAGCCUACAAGAAUGGCGGCGGUGCCUUUCUCAUUCCCUAUUUCCUGAUGCUGGUUUUGUGUGGAAUUCCUCUUUUCUUCCUGGAAAGUGCCAUCGGCCAGUUUUGCAGCCAAGGUCCAGUCAACAUGUGGAGAGCAGCUCCUUUACUGCAGGGUGUCGGUCUUUCCAUGGUUAGUGUGAACACAAUGGGGUCGAUUUAUUAUAACGUCAUCGUCGCCUACAGCCUGUACUACAUGUUCGCCUCCUUCCAGUCUCCUCUGCCGUGGUCCAACUGCCUCAGACACAUUGACAGUAACUGCAGCGCCACACCUAUAGUGUACUGCAAUGUAAGUGGUGUUUUAGUGCCCAGCUGGACUGAAAACAGCACUUGUCCUUCAUCCAACAUGAUCACAGUGCCAGUGCAGAGCCCGAGUGAGCAGUACUGGGAUCAUGUGGCUCUGCAGAGAUCCAGUGGUCUACAUGAAACAGGACCAGUAGUUUGGCACUUGGCCCUCUGUCUGCUGCUGAGCUCCAUUCUUGUUGCUGCAGCGCUCAUCAAAGGCAUCAAGUCAUCAGGCAAAGUUGUGUAUUUCACAGCAACUUUUCCUUAUGUGGUGAUUCUGAUCCUGCUGAUCAGAGGGGUGACACUAGAGGGAGCCAGAGAUGGAAUAGAGUUCUUCAUUGGUUCCCAAUCCAAUCUGACUAAACUGACUGAGAUAGAGGUCUGGAGGGAUGCAGCAGCUCAGAAUUUGUAUUCCCUCGCCAUUGCUUCGGGUGGAACUGUGGCUCUUGCUUCAUAUAGCAAUUUCCACAACAACAUGUUCCUGGACACAGUUAUUGUAACCCUCUUUAAUCAUGGUACCAGUGUGUUUGCAGGCUUUGCCAUCUUUUCAAUUUUAGGUCAUAUGGCUCACAUCUAUGGAAAGCCUAUCGGGGUAGUGGUGAAGGAAGGUUUUGGCCUGGCAUUCAUCGCGUAUCCAGACGCUUUGACUAAGCUUCCUAUUUCCCCCUUCUGGUCCGCUCUGUUCUUUUUCAUGCUUUUUCUUGUUGGCCUGGACUCUCAGUUUACACUUUUAGAGGUGACCACCACCUGCCUGUCUGAUGCCUUCCCUGAAUUCUUCAAAUCCAGACGUGCCUUACUGACAAUAGGAACAUGUGUCAUUAUCUUCUUCUUGGGCCUACCAUGUGUUACAAGGGCAGGAAUAUACUGGGUGACUCUAAUAGACAACUUCACUACCGGUUGGGUGAUGCUAAUUUUGGCUGUCAUGGAGAUCAUUGGCUUCUGCUACAUAUAUGGGGGGAACCGUCUCAUUAAAGACAUUGAGAUGAUGAUUGGAAAAAAGACCACGUGGUUCUGGCUGUGGUGGAAAGCUUGUUGGUUCUUCAUUGUCCCCUGUAUCCUUGUUGUGAUCCUGGUCUGGUCUCUCAUAGCCUUUGUGACCCCCGCCUAUGGAAAUAUCCAGUACCCAGACUGGGGCUUGGCUCUGGGCUGGUGCAUGACUGCAUUCACCCUUAUCUUGAUCCCUGUUGUUGCUUUGUAUAAGCUGAUGAGAGCAGAGGGAAGCCUCUGGAAGCGUCUGAAGUCGUUGUGUUCUCCCUCUGAGGAAUGGCGUCCCUACCUGGACAUCCAUCGAGGAGAACGCUACUCUCAAAAGAAGCUGUAGCUGAAGAAGAGCAGUGUCAAUGAAUGAUAAUCAAAUGUUAAGUGUAACUUCCAGAUCACUGAUAGAUACAUUGAUAUGUUACAUAUAUGACACCCAUUGCACUGUAGGUUAAUUAAAAUAAGGUGCUGAUUGUGUCAGCUUUUCAGACGGAAACCCGCAGGACAUGUUUCAAACAGCUCCUGGCUUUAAUGUGCUUUGAAUGUGCUAACACGUGUCUUCUCAACCAGUCAGCUUUGGUCAGAGAUUAACACCCACAUAUAGUAUUAUUAUGUGCUUAUGAAAAAGCAGACAGACUGCCACAUUAGUUUCCUCUGGAGCUACCUACUGAACGUUCUGCUGCUAUCAGUGAAUUUAAAAAAGUCACUUAACCACUGCUGUGAUGGUAGGUUUGUGUUAAGCUUUCUCGUCUUUAUUGUUCUAUGGGUUUCAGGAUUUCUAACCCAUCAUUAACAUACCUAAUGGCGUUCAACUUUAUGACACCAUAUGUUUGUGGCUUGAAGAUUGAAAUGCAUAAAAUUCACCUAUAGUGGGCCUGAAUGGUGUUAAAUUCUUUUUUUCAGUGUACCUUCACCAGAUGUCUUUAAUUGUGUUCAGAUUACGUCUACGUGUCAGGCGGUAAUCGUAGUUUGCUUUUAAACUCUUCUGCUCAUAGUACAAAUCCUACCAUGUGUGUUGACAGGCUUCUAUUGUCAUCCUCUCAGGAGCUCCACCUGCUGGUCAUCUACCACACACAAAAAUCAAGAGACAGCCUGUAUUCUUUUCAUCAGUGUUGCAGUACUUGGGAUCGGCCUUGGUCUUGAGACCAAUUUUUGAAGGUCUCAGUCUUGUAUGUGAAUUGAUACAAGACUGAGACCUUCAUUUUUACUCAGUUUACUCGAGGACUCAGGAUUUUAAUUCAAGACUGGUCAAAACCACAGAUGAAGGGUAUUCACUAAAUUGCCUUUGCAAAAAUAGAGUGUUGAGUUAAUUUCAGGCCCUUAGUAUUUGUCUGUAUUUGUUUGCUCAUAGACAACAAGGGAACAUUUCCACACAUAAAUUUAAUUUCUGGAAUGCCUUUUCAUUAUUUCAUGAAGACAUUUCUAAUUGAACAUUUAUACAAACAUAUAUACAGUAUGGCGAUAAAAGGGGUGAAUGAAGUGGAAUCUUCAUUUGGUUUCUGUGGGUGAUUUUUUGUUAAUGUGGGUCUGUCAAAUCAGUUUGAGGAGUGCCUAUGGUUUGCCUUGGUUUAGGUGGUUUUGACUAUAACACUGCUUUUCAUCACAGAUCUUAUUUAUAAAAUUAAAUGAUAAAAGUUAUAUUCUUCUCAUUCCACCGAGAUUCUUAUAUUUUUUUUAUCUGACCACCCUCUGAUUUGGCUUUACCUUGCUUUGGCCUAAUGGCAAUUUAAUGUAUCCCUAAACAUCAGAUUUAUUGGUGUUUUACCUGAAAGAUCCAUAACUGCUAUAUCGAAGGCAACUGGACAUACUUGCAUUUUUUGAAGUAGUUUCACCUCUCAUCCGAGAAGCUUCUUCUCGGAUGAGAGAACUCACUGGUGCGGACUCGCAGGCUUUAAACUCUGUGUGGGUGUGAACCCUUACAGAGUCAUUGAGGUCACAUGAGGUGUUGACCCACCUGGCUACCACGUGUGUCGUUAGGGUUAGAUGGGACCAGGUGUGAAUGGGUGUGAAGUCAUCUGGGGAGGGAUCCCAAGAUUGCAUUGUAGGUGGGUGAUAACUUAUAAGUCGUAUCGUAGACCUCAAUGACUGUUCACACCCACACAGAGUUUAAAGCCUGUG